GCCAGGCAGGCUCGUCAACCCCCGAAAUCCCAUCGCCGGCGAGCGAGAGAGCACGCACACGGCCCCAGCCAGAGAAACACGCUGACUGCUGCCGCGCCCGACCGCGACACUCCUCAUUCUUACACUCGUUUUCACCUUCGAUUUUACUUUCGACUUUCGGCUUCCCGCCCUCUCUCCCCCUUUUGAACCAUCCUCGAUCCCGAUACGCAUAGCGUUUGGCCCGUCUUUGUUCGACGCCAAGCCAACACACGGCCCUCGCAGAGACCACCGCAUAAUUUUCCAAUCUCGACACGCCCUUGGGCUUGAGAUGCGCCCGGCGCUGUUCUCAUCGUUGCGCGGGCCGAUAUUUUCACCUCUCGCCCAUUUCUCUACUCGUCGAGGCUUGACGACGACGACGACGACUACGACGACGACGAUAUAAUCACGCCUCCUUUGGCAGCCCUCGGUGCGACGCGGUAGCCAUGCGGUUAUCGUUUCGACGACGCCGUGCGGCCCGCCGCCCAGAUCCCCUCGGCACAGGCCUCCUCGCCAUCACAGCGCUCGCGCCGUCAUUAGCGGGGGCCAUCGACUUCACGCCCGUCCCGUCUCCAAACCUCGACUUUUCUGACCUCGGCAGGAUAGCUAUUGCAGGAGACUACAGCGGCAUAUCUCUAAUCGAAUAUGUAGCCCAAAUUCCGAAGCCGCGCAGCGCAAACGGCAGCGAGUCCCUCCUGGCCCUGCUCCCGAAUGGCGCCCUGGCCUCGAUCGUGCCGAGCGACGGCUCCAUCCGCACCAUGUGCACAUUCCAACGCAAAAACGGCGCCAUCGCUGGCGUGGUAAUUGGCGGCAAUUUCACGAGCCUCGAUGACACCCAGUCAACCGCAAUCGCUCUCGUCGACCCCAACACGGCAAAGGUGACGCCAUUCAAAGGCAUCGAAGGCGAUGUCAAGGCCGUGUACUGCGAUAAGGCACGCGACACCAUUUACGUCGGCGGCAGCUUCAGAGGCGGCAACUCGACCAAUGCCCUGGCUUGGGUCGGCAUGGAGGGCUGGAACAACCUUCCCUUUGCCGGCUUCAAUGGACCCGUCGAGUCCAUCAGCAAGGCAUCCAACGGACACAUAAUUUUCGGGGGGAGCUUCUCGGGCCUGGGCAACGCCAGCACUCCUAGCCGGCCUGAUGAUCAGGUCAUCAACUUAUCUACCGCGAACAUCACCGGCACCAACAACGCGGCAGCCAAUGGCUUCGGCGACCCCAAGAGCAUCAUUUGCGGCGAUGGCACCGACGGAGCAGGCAAGACAUGGUUGUUGCGAGACCAAACGCCGGGAACUUGGGAGGCCAGGUUCGGAUACGGCUUUGAGCCUACGAAGCUCAGACUGUGGAACACCCACCAAGAUGGCCGUGGCACCAAGACGUUUCGGUUCCUGGCCUUUCCUCUUAACGGCAUCUUAAACUUCACUUACGUCGACCCGACGACGGGACAAAAUGGGACGUGCACGAGCGAGUGCCCCCUGAGCCAAGACCCAAAAGUCAAGUUUCAGGACUUCCAUUUCGUCAACCGCGUGGGCAUGAACAGCUUUCAGAUUGCCAUUUCGGACUGGUAUGGCAAGGGCGCAGGCUUGGCCGGCAUCCAACUAUUCCAGGACGACAUCUUCUCUUACGCCAUUGCCGAUUUCAACGAACCCAAGUGUGGGGGCAUUCAGCUGCCCUCCACUGCCACGGCAACCGGCCCCUGGAAGCAUUCGCCAUCCGUGCAGAGCAACGCUGACUACCUGACCGUUGAACUCUCCGGGGAUAUUUCCUCCAAGUCUGCCUCAGUCGUCUUCUACCCCAGCAUCCGCGAAUCUGGCAACUAUUCCGUGAACAUGUACACUCCUGGCUGCAAGCCAGACAAUACUUGCGAGACGCGCGGGCGAGUCAACGUCACAGGAACCAUGUCGGCCGGUGCCGUCAAUGCCGGCUUUACAACUAGCCUGUACCAGACCAACAACUUUGACAAGUACGACCAAAUUUAUUUCGGGUACAUUGAGAAGACGUCGGACAGCUUCAAGCCUAGCGUCACAAUCACACCCCUUGACGGACAAACCGUCGACAAAUUGACUGUAGUGGCCCAGAGAGUCGGGUUUGCGCUCAUCAACUCCACCGGUGGACUCAACGGACUAUUCGAUUUCGACCCUGAAAACGGAGCAGCCUCCAUCUCAGAUUUGGAGAAGUCGGCCGUAAACAAACUUGGAUCCUCACUCAAGCAGAACGCGGGCGUCAAGUCGCUCGUCUCGCAUGGAGAUACGCUGUUUAUCGGCGGAAACUUCACGUCUAAUGAUAACGCCAACGUGGUCGCCAUCGGAGGAGAGGGAAACGUCAAGUCUCUCGACGGCGGCCUCAACGGACUCGUUCGUAAGAUGCACCUGGAAGACGACAAGCUCUACGUGGGAGGCGACUUUGACAACUCCAAAAAGAAGGCCAAAAAUGGCCUGAACCAUGUGGCCGUCUACGACGUCAAGGCCGAGACUUGGAAUCCAUUGGGGGCUGGUGUCGACGGAAAGGUGGAACAGGUCGUCCCGUUCCCCAUUAACGUCACAUCCAAUCGCACAGAAACAGCCAUUGCUUUCACCGGCAACUUCUCCAAAUGCAAUGGCUUCGGGGACAGCAAGGACUCGGUCGUGGGUGGCUUUGCCAUCUGGGUGCCGUCGAAGAGCAACUGGCUACAAAACCUGGGCGACUCGGUGCCUUCCUACACAGGCGUAUUGACUGGCGCCGUCCUGGAUUUGCCCAACGACACCUCUCUCUUCGCAGGAUCCAUGACAUCCGCACAGAUCGGCGCCAACGGUGCGGCCACACUCAGCGACGCCGGCCUGGGCAGGUUUCCAGUCAACAUUCAAGCACAACAGCCCCAAGGCAAGGCGAGACGGCGAGACGUCUCUUCGAGCGAGGGUUCCCGGGGUGUCAUUACUGGGACUUUUUACAACAAGGACGGCAGCAAUAUUACCGUCCUAGCUGGUCACUUCACCGCUCAGUCCGCAAACGGCUCUGCCAUCAAUAAUCUUGUGCUCAUCGAUGGCAAGAACAGUGACAAUCUCAGUGGGCUGGGUUCUGGAGUUUCCGCAGAUUCAACCUUUACAGCCGUCGCCGUCAGUAGCAGUAUCCUCUUCGCCGGAGGUAAGGUGACUGGCACCGUUCAAGACCAUCAAAUCAACGGCCUUGUUGCAUGGGACAUGAAGUCCAAGACAUUUCCCACCCAACCAGCCCCGGUCAGUGGUGGAAACGCAACAGUGUCAGCGAUAUCUCUACGCGAAGAUACGACGGAACUCUAUGUCGCCGGUUCGUUCACGAAGGCUGGGGCCCUCGACUGUCCCGGCGUAUGCCUGUACAAUAUAGACUCCUCCCGGUGGACGCAGCCUGGCAAUGGUCUGGCGGGCACGGUGCUGUCUUUGAUGUGGUCCAGCAGCUCAACCCUCUUGGCUGCUGGCGACAUGCGUGCCAACGGCUCCGACGGGCUCUACCUGGCCUCGUAUGACGCCAAGUCGCAAACCUGGGCGAGCUUCAGCAACUCGGGAGAUAUCCCUGGACCGGUCACAGCCAUGACACCGGCUUCGAGCGAUACGAAGCAAGUCUGGGUUGGCGGACAGUCGGCUAAGGACGGGUCUACUUUUAUCAUGAAGUAUGAUGGUAGCAAGUGGUUGUCCGCAAAGCCGACCCUGGGCAAGGCUACAACGCUCCGGAGCCUUCAAGUCUUCUCUCUCACGACUGCCCAUGACAAGGCGGACAUGAUGGACGACAAGCAGGCCCUGAUGCUCACCGGUUCCAUCGAUAUUCCUAGCGUUGGAAUAGUCGCUGCCGCACUAUUCAAUGGCACGCACUACCAACCCUAUGCUCUCACGACGAGCCCAGGCCAGGCCGGUGGCAGCAUCGCCAGGAUCUUUACACAAAACAACAGCUUCUUCCCCAAGCCCGGUGGCCACAUGCCGCUUGUCUUUGUCGUUUUGAUCGGCUUGGCGAUUGCCCUUGGUCUUGUCCUCUUGAUGGUGGCCGCCGGUAUUCUCCUUGACCGGCUACGGAAAAAGCGCGAAGGAUACACCCCAGCGCCGACUUCAAUGUACGACCGCGGAAGCGGUAUCCAGAGGAUCCCGCCGCGCGAGCUACUCGAGCAGCUUGGCAAGAGUCGCUCGGCGGCGCCGCACGUGUGAGGCAACGUCGCCAUCCUUUGAGUCGUCAUUUAGCCAGCAAGUCUUGUUUGCAUUUCGGCGUUUGGAUAGGCGUACGGAGCAUCAUGAUACACCUGCAGCAUUUGAACUUUCGGGAGAGCAAGGAAUUGCAGAGACCAUGAUGGCCAGUCUUUGAGAACAACGCCAAUGUUCUCCUCGAGCGCGGAUUGACGAUGGCUAUCUCAUCUGCGCAAAACUAAAUCGAAACCCGAUUUCCCUGUUGGGCCCCAAUAAGUUGGGCCCAUACACACUUCAUUAUUUUUCUGUUUCUUCCCUGUUGUGCCUCAAGUCUCGAGGCCAUGACACUGGUUAAUGUUUAACCUUUUUUUUUCUUUCUCAUCCGGAUGCUGGAGGGCGAGGGCACACCGCCAGCUCCUACUGGAGGGGAUACGAAGACGCAACUUCACUUCACGCCCCUCCAUUUUUUUCUUGACCCGAUGUACAUUACUUUCAACCAGUCUCCGUCACAAAGGCUGUCACGCACCCUUGCACACAAUUUCUCUUGUCUCUUGAUGGUGGAGGAGGUACGAAACCAAAUGGUCUGCGCGCAUGACUGGCGAUGAAGAUGGAAGAGCUCCCAUAGCGUAAUCUGAAUGACAAUUCCUGGUCAAUCUGCU